CAUACUUUCGUUUCAUUGCCUUUCUUGUCUCCUUUUUCUUUGUAUUUUCAAUCUCUUCUUUGGUCACUUGUUUUCUUCGGAUAGGCAAAGUAAUAAGAAAAGGGCACAAACAAUAAUUGAUUAGUGCCGUGUUCUUGAUCCUUCAUUUGACGGACCAUUCGAUCUACCGAUCGCAUACUCUUCUAAUUCGAAAUAGGGAACUUGAGGAAGAGGGAAGGAAAGGUCCCCCCGCCCCCCUCCUUUACUUCCUCUCAAGCUUAAAUGGGAUUGGAAAUUUGGUUGGCAAUAAGAAAGAACAAAGUGAAAUAACACAUACUGGAAAAUGGGUUCGUAACUGGGUAGUCUUUACUAGCCAAGAAAAUGUCUUCUCCAAGCAAGAGGAGAGAUAUGGAUGUCAUGAAACUGAUGAUGAGCGACUAUGCCGUUGAGCCAAUAAAUGAUGGAAUCAGUGAAUUUAAUGUGGAAUUCCAUGGUCCAAAAGAAAGCCUGUAUGAAGGUGGUGUGUGGAAAAUCCGUGUGGAACUGCCGGAUGCUUACCCUUACAAGUCUCCUUCCAUUGGAUUUCUGAACAAAAUAUUCCACCCAAAUGUUGAUGAACUGUCUGGUUCUGUGUGCUUGGAUGUUAUUAACCAAACAUGGAGUCCAAUGUUUGAUCUUUUGAACGUGUUUGAGGUUUUCCUUCCACAGCUUUUGCUUUAUCCGAAUCCCUCGGACCCAUUAAAUGGUGAUGCAGCAUCAUUGAUGAUGAAGGAUCAGAAGCAAUAUGAACAGAAAGUGAAAGAGUAUUGUGAACGGUACGCGAAGAAGGAGAAUAUCACUAGCACCUUAACAGAAGAUAGCGAUGAUGAGGUUAGUGACGAUGAUAUUAGUGAUGGACGGAGUGAACCUGAUGAUGAUGUUGCGGGUCAUGUAGACCCAUGAGAGAAUAAAUUGUCUUGGACUUUAUUAUGAACACAUUCAUUUUAUGUUCAUCUGUUCAUUUUUUGUUGUAUGGUGUAAUGUUUGAUUUCUUGUAAAAUUACACGACGGGUAGCUAGGCGUGAUUACUUGAUAUUGUUCAUGUGUACUGAAUCUAUAAUCUAUAAUCUAUAAUGUCACAUUUAUCAAAUGGAA